GAAUCACUUGAACAGGGGAGGUGGAGGUUGCAGUGAACCGAGAUCACACUACUGCACUCCAGCCUGGGAGACAGAGCGAGACUGUCUAAAAAAAUAAAAAGGGAGACAGGGGUCUCACUAUGUUGCCCAGGCUGGUCCUGAACUCCUGGCCUCAAGCAAUCCUCCCGCCUCAGCUUCCCAAAGUGCUGGGAUUACUGGUGUGAACCACUGCACCCAGACAUUUACUGGGUUUAAAUCUGAGCCCACCCCACUCAGGGGUACAGGAUCUGGUUCAUUUAUCUCCCAGAAUGAUGCCUUGGGUUGCGUCCCCUCUAAACUCUGGCACAUUCCAGCCCCUCUUUGGGAGAAAGAACAUCCCUUCUUGCCCAGGCCCUAGUGAGACAUGCAUCGCAAGACAUGCUCCCCCCUUCCUCCCCCCUGGGCUCCAGCUGCUGCCAGCCCUCCAAGAAAGGAGAGGCCCUGAGUUGGGCUAUUUUGGUAUCUGGGGUGGGCACCCGCAGGGCUAAGGUUACCUUGGUAUGUUAAGGGCUCCCUGGGGCAGGACUAUAUAACCCCAGAGGGACUGCCCCAUGCUGACUCCUUGCUUCUUUCCAGCCGGAGCCGCUGCCUUGCCCCCCGGAGACUGAAGACAUGGCACCCAAGAGGGCCAAGAGAAGGACAGUAGAGGGCGGAAGCUCCAGUGUCUUCUCCAUGUUCGACCAGACUCAGAUCCAGGAGUUCAAAGAGGCCUUCACUGUGAUCGACCAGAACCGUGAUGGUAUUAUAGACAAGGAGGACCUUCGGGACACCUUCGCAGCCAUGGGCCGCCUCAAUGUGAAGAAUGAGGAGUUGGAUGCCAUGAUGAAGGAAGCCAGUGGUCCCAUCAACUUCACCGUCUUCCUGACCAUGUUCGGGGAGAAGCUCAAGGGUGCCGACCCUGAGGAUGUGAUCACCGGAGCCUUCAAGGUCCUGGACCCUGAGGGAAAGGGCACCAUCAAGAAGAAGUUCCUGGAGGAGCUGCUGACCACGCAGUGUGACCGCUUCUCCCAGGAGGAGAUCAAGAACAUGUGGGCGGCCUUCCCCCCCGACGUGGGCGGCAACGUCGACUACAAAAACAUCUGCUAUGUCAUCACGCACGGCGACGCCAAGGACCAGGAGUAGGGGCCCCCGCGGGCCUCCGCUGCCCAACGCUUCUGUUCGGCCCGACCUCCACCCCGGCUCCCAAUAAAAUUUAACUGAUCUUUGUUUCUUA